GAAGGCGUUUUCAGCUGGUUCGACCGUGUGAUCGUGUAUAGCUUAGUGUUUUGUUAAUAACAAACGGUUCGCCAUUUCAGUACGGUUGACUUUAGUUGUAUUUACGCAGAUGAACGACAUUUCUCUCUCCAGACACAAGAGAAACGACAAACUACAGAAAGAAGAACACUGGUUAAAAAGUGGUAUUAGACCUGUGAAGAGAUUAACCACUCCAAAUCAUUUCGCUUGUAUAUUCCUCCGAGAUUACAUGUAGGCUGCUAUACAUGUGAUCAGUGACCAGGUAUACUGUUAUAUUCUGUACGCACCUGGAUGUCUGGUCCAGGUAACCACUGAAGACAACUCACAGGUAGACGAAUAACAGAGACGUGAAACAUAAAACUAAAUACAUCAUGGCAGAAAACAUCGUCGUACCUAUACUUGAAAUACGAGAGGAAUUCGCCACGUGUGAAAUCUGUCUGGAUAAUUUUGAUGACGGAGUUAGAACUCCAAGAACUCUACCCUGCCUCCAUACCUUUUGUUGUGACUGUCUCGAAAAAAUGUGGGGAGCAGCUGCACAAGGGGUGAAAUGUCCCAAGUGCCGAAAGAUUUGGCCGGUCCAAGGUUCCAUCAAAUCCUCAUUUCGGCAAAACAGCAUGUUAAUGCACAUGGUGGAAUAUAUUGGUUUUAAGAAAAAGCUCGGCGAUGUGCUGUGUUACCAAUGUCCUGACAACAACAAGGCCAUUGUCCGGUGUCUAGAGUGUGAGAAAUACCUUUGUGAGACCUGUGACAGAUGGCAUGCAAGGUUUUUAGAACAACACAAGCCAGUUCCUUUAACAGAAUUAGUUAACACACCACGUAAGUUUCUUAAAAAACCCAACAUGUGUCCUGUUCAUGGCGAGAAGAAUAUUGAUGUGUACUGCAAGGGUGAGGCGUGUGAGAAAGCAAUGUGCACUACUUGUGCCCUCGUGUCUCACAAAGAACACGAUAUUUGUGACCUCAGAGAAUUUUGUGAUGCCAACAAGAAGAAAAUCAGUUCCUCAUUAGAAGCUCUGAAGAAAGCAUCAGAAUUACGUACAGAAUACAAAAGCAAGGUUGUAGGGCAGAAUGCUAAGCUAGAUAAAAUACAAGAGCAGGUUAUGAAGGAUAUUGAUGAACAUUCCAGUAAACUCGUGGAAAAGGUUGAAAAAACUUCAAAGACCCUGAAAAAAAAGGUUAUGGAAAAUGUAGCUAAACAAAAGGCCAAGAGAGAUGAACAACUUGCACUGGUUGAGAAGUCAGAAGAGCUGAAAGCAGAACACGUCUUGUAUUGUCAGCAGGCGCUGUUAUUUGCCCGAGACGUGGAAUUUAUUGAGAUGACCAAAUCAUUGAAGAAGAAAGGUAAAUCACUCAUGGAAGACUUACAACUGCCAGACCUGCAGGUAGAGAACGUGUUGCUUAAUACAGAGACAUACAAAAAAGCAGAGCUGAGCAUUGGGCAGAUCUCGAUACAAGAGAUUUCCUUUGCUGACGACAAGUUCAAGCCAAAGCCUGGAAUUUGGGAAUGCACCGGCUGUUAUUGCAGGAAUGAUGCCAAUGUCCAUCAGUGUCCAGCUUGUCAGACAUUAAAACUGGGAAUAAACAAAGAGGACAUUGAGCAGAAGUCUCAGAGUCAAGCAGAAGGUAUUUCAGGUGGAGGCGGUUUCAAAUUUGGGAGUGCUGGGGGAUUCACGUUUGGCAAAGCUCAGUCAAAGGACCAGCCAAUUGAUUCUUUGUUCAAAGCAAAUAAACCAGAAGGAACGACUGCAGAUUCAAAGGGUCCAUCAUCGUCUGGAGGAUUCACGUUUGGAUCCACUUUGGCAGCAUUGCUGAUUGCUGACGAAGAACCGAGCCCAACCUCUGACAGAUUCAGUUUCGCACCUGCAGCGAAGACCGGAGGUUUUAACUUUGGAGGAGCUGUAAAGUCAGGAGGCUUCCAAUUCAAUCUGGGUAAAGUUACCACGCCAACCAAGGAUCAGAAGAACGUUUCCUCGGACGGUAAAGCGUCGUCUUUCCAGUUUUCUUUCUCGCCGACGUCUAAAGACAAAUCGAGCAUUCCCCCAUCUCCCAAAUCUCCCGUGGUGGACGAACAUGGUUUGUACAUCAACAAGGAAGGAGGGGACUCGCACAUCUAUUUCGAACCGGUCGUUCAACUUCCGGAUAAGAUCGAGGUGAAAACGGGCGAAGAGGACGAAUCAGUUUUGUUUGAACACCGGGCCAAGCUGUACAGGUUCGACAACGGGGAGUGGAAGGAACGUGGACUGGGCAAUGUGAAGAUACUGGAGAACAGACUGACGAAGAAGAUCCGCAUCCUGAUGAGGCGGGAGCAGGUCCUGAAGCUGUGCUUGAACCACAUGAUAACCUCCGACCUCCAGCUCAAUCAGAUGCCGAGGUCCGAUGGCAAAGCGUGGAUCUGGUAUGCACAGGAUUUCUCCGACGACGAGCCGAAAAUUGAACAGUUUACCAUUCGCUUCAAGACGGCCGAAAUUGCCGACAGUUUUAAGGCUGCGUUUGAAGAUGCAAGAUCAAAGAUGUCCGAAGGUCCAAUGCAGACUGCAUCCAGACAACUCUUUGCAUCUGAAGGUAAUAUAGACCUGAAUCAACUUUUUGAGGAUUAUUACAGAUGCACACAAGUGAGCAGGCUGUACAGUUCCAGCGACGACGAAUAUCGUCCGUCCACAGCCGAGGAAACCCCAUUGUCUUCAAAUGGUUUUGAUCUGUUCUUCAUGGGAAAACGUGCUGAUGAUCUGACUAUCAGUAAUGGGUUGCUAGAUCUGCACUUGGUUAUCUGGGAUUUAGAAUGUGGCAGAAACUUGCUGUUGGAUGACAUUGCUAAUGGACACUGGUUUGCUAAUGAGUUGAUUGUUAAAACAGAAAUUGUUAAUAACACAUAA